AUGGUGCUAACAGCAAUACUUUCGAUGGUUCGCUAUGUCGGCGACAUCGAUGAUCGAGAUUUUGUAGAUCGUUUACACAGCUAUUUCACUACCAAUAUACUUAUUGCCUUCGCUAUCCUUGUCAGCUUCAAACAGUUUGGUGGAAAACCAGUGGAAUGUCUGAUACCUGAUACAUUCAGUGGAGCUUGGGAAAAAUAUGCAGAGAAUUACUGCUGGGCCCAAGAUACAUAUUACAUACCUAUACGUGAAGUUGUUGCUGGUAUGCCGUUAUCAGAAAAGAAACAACGACGCAUAUCUUACUAUCAAUGGGUGCCGUUUUUUUUGCUUCUCGAAGCAGCAUUUUUCCGUUUGCCUAGUGUAAUAUGGAAAUACAUGGCAGGACAUUCUGGCAUCAAACUACAUGAAAUUGUAAAAUUAGCUUCGGAUCCCAAUAAUAUUAAACCAGAGAUAAAAAAAGCUAAUAUCAAAGCACUUACUUUGCAUCUGCAGGGAGCUUUAAGAUUUCAUCGAAGACUGCGUAAAAAGCAGAUUAAUCCGCAUGAAUAUUUGAGGAUACUCAAUAUACCUUACACGGCAUCAUUCGUCACUUAUAUGUAUAUAAUGACUAAAUUUGUCUACCUUUCAAAUGCUUGUAUUCAGUUACUUAUUAUGAACAAGUUUCUAGAAACAGACCAUUAUAACUGGUAUGGUUUUGGAGCAGUACUUGAUCUUUUGCGAGGUGCAACAUGGGAACAAUCUGGGAUGUUUCCACGUGUAUCACUAUGUGAUUUUGAUGUCCGUGUAAUGGGUAACAUUCAACCGCACACUAUUCAGUGUGUUCUCGUUAUCAAUAUUUUUAACGAAAAAAUUUUCAUAUUUUUGUGGUUUUGGUAUUUGAUCUUAAUAUGUUUUACAACUGGUAGUUUAGUUUACUGGAUUGGAAUAUGUUUAAUACCGUGUCCGAAUCGCAACUUUGUUGUGCGUCAUUUGGAGAUGAGUGAAUUGCCAUUUGAUUUCCAAGAAAGCAAAGAUGACGUGGAAAAAUUCAUAAGUUAUUUAAAAAAUGAUGGCAUGUUUGUUAUCCGAAUGAUAACGGUUCAUGCUGGUGUAAUUUUUGGCAAUGAACUGAUUUAUGCUCUCUGGAAGUCCUAUUUUGGAAUUGAAUCCCAAAUUAGACGCUGUAGCUCAUUUCCAGCUAGUGCUAUAAUAUGGACACCUCCUGGAGGUAAUACUUCAGAUAUACAUAAGCUAGACUAUUUCAUGGACAAAGUUGUUAUUUUUACUUAUUUAAAUAUGAAAAAUUCUCUUUUCGUGCUUAAUUUGAUUCUUGAAAAAAAGAAAACUGCAGUUUAUUUGCUUUAA